AUGUACGCAGACACGACCCAUCCGCGCCGCGCUUGCUGGUGCGGCGCAGGUGGCGUGGCCGGCUGUGUGAAGCAGCGACAUGCGUACCGAUGCUCGCGACUCCUGGCUGGAACUUUGCUGAUUGUCGGCGCACUGACGCUCGCCGUAUCCACGGCGCCUACGGCGUGGGCUGAGGGUGCCCACAUCUCGUCGGACGAGCCUGUGUACCUGCUGAACGCCAUGUACUCGUUGAGUGAUUACAGUGCGAAUCAUGCAAAGGCUCUGUGGCUGGGCAUCGACUCCGCGCUGCACGCGGCUAGCUACACCGCCGCUGGCGGCCGCCCCAUCAGGAUCAUUGAACCGGACCCGAAGGUAGACCUGUCGGACAUUGUAGCGGUCGUGAAGAAGGCGCUCAAAGACUACCCGUCGCUUCUUGGCGUGAUUGGGCCGUACUCUGACACGUACCUUGGUGCCUUGAUGAGCAGCCCUGAGAUUCAGAGCAGCGGGCUGAUGUUCCUGGGCCCGUUCACCGGGUCUAGUGCUUUGCGUGUGUGGAACGAGAACUUGUACUUCACGCGCGCGGAGCCGCGGCUGGAGAUCAUGGCAAUGGUAAAGCACAUAGCCAAUACAUUCCGCGCUCGCCGCACGGC